CAUCCACAGUUGCAAUGCAUCCUCGAGCGCUCCAGUCGCGCAUCGACUGAGGGGGAACACGCUCUCAAUGGACACAAACCUGCUACAUUGUAAGAGAAAUCGUGAUCAAGUGAUUAUAUUGGCAAAGACAAAGAGACAACUGCUGAAACGUAGAAUUGAAACAAUUCUAAUAAUUUCAUCAUCAUGUAUUCGAAAUAAGUUUGACUUUACUCAACGUUUGGAUGUACUGUGCUCACCCUCAGAAAAAAUGUGGAUGGCAAACGGUUGCUAUGGUGGGUGAUGUCCCAAGAUGAACACAGAUUACCAGAAACGAGUCCCUCAACCUCAGAUUUGCAGUCAUCUAACAAUCAAGGUGCAAUCAAAGCUGAUGCCAAAGCCAGGUCCCUCUGGCCAGGGCCCCAAGCCCCCUGCUGCUUCCAAACCUGGACCCCUGUUCCUGUCAGAUCCCCGUGUGGAGGAGGAGGAGCCAUGUUCUCAUCACAGCAUGAGCAAUGGAGAUGUGAGCUCCUCUGAGGGGGACACUGAGGAGCCCGGGGGUUCCUCCCCAGAACAGGAGCCAGGAGAGGGGGACUCUGAGGAGCCUGGGGGUUCCUCCCCAGAACAGGAGCCAGGAGAGCCACAAGAAAACCCUCAAGUCAGACAUGAUGACAACGUCAGCUGCGAGGAUACAAUGGUGGAAGAGCAAAAAGAGAAGGAGGGAGAAGGAGAGGCAGAAGAGGAUGCUGCUGAAACAGAAAGCGCAGGCUCUGUGAAUAGUAUUCAUGCUACUGACGGAGCUGUUGCUGACGCUACUGAAAGGGAGAACACUGGCAAAACAGAAGACUUGAACCCACCUGAGAGUGACAAUGAUGAAACACUAGUGGAACCCUCUGACACUCAAGACUGGGACAACACGUUGACCCAGACACUUACAGAGUGCAAGGGGACUGGUGAGGAAGGGGAAGAAGAGAGGGGAGGAGAACAGGUUGAAGAACAGGGAUUUACUGAAGAGACCAAAAUCAUCGAGCAACCAACAGGAGACCCAUGUGAAGAUUUAGUGCAAGAAGACUCUUAUCAGUUAUCUCUCAGCCAACCAGAAUCAGAGAGUAACAAUUGUCUUGAGACUGAUGACACUGCCCCACAUGGGGAUUGUUUGCAGGAUGAGGCCGAGGAGGCACAUUUCUCACAGGGCUCAAACGGCUGUUCGCUUCCGACAGUGUGUGAGGAGUAUCCCUACGAUGUGAUUGGCCCUUCAGAGGAUGCUGUUGACACAUGUGACCCGGCGGAGGCGGGUGACUCGGGCGUGUGGCAGCCAGAACGUGCCACAAAGGACCCCUCUGGGCGCUUCCGUUUCACUGCCAGCACAGAGGACGUGUUUGAGCCUUACUCCGUCAUAGAGAUGGUGCCUGCGGACACAGCCGGUACAGCUGACCCAGAGAUGACUCCGGAUGUCAACUGCAACAAUGACAAACCACGCACUUCAGAGCAGCUGGUGACAGCAGGCACCUCGAACCAAGAACUGUACUAUGUGUCAUCAGAUGAUGUGGCAGAGCUAGAAGAUAAGCAAAAGCGGUUAGAGGACGGUGACGUUCGGGAGGGCACUGAGCUCUCCGGCCAGUUCACAGAGGAAGCCAAAGAGAGUGAGUCAGUGGAUGAAUACGCAGACAUUGACGAUUCACUCUGCCCCGAGGCACAUGACUUCCAGCAGCUGGAGUAUGUCUCAUCAGAGGAUUACGUGGAGAUAGGAGAUGAUGACGAGGAGGCAGAGGACACAGAGAAAAAGCAGAUCCGAGGGAAGACGGCGAGAGAGAGAACAGCCCAGCGAGAGCAGGCUCUCUCCAGUCAGAGGAACAGCUGCCAGCCUCGUCUCAGGCUGUGCAACAUAACUGUGCCAACGGACCUGGACCUGGGCAGGACCCCUGAACUCACCAACAGGGUGGUCUUUGCCCACACCACUGAGGCCUUUGAGGAGGACAUAGAGGAACUGGACUGCCAUAUUGUGCCUUACCUAGAGGACAGCGAUUCUGACAGCGAGGAACAUAUCUAUGAGGAGGCAGGGUUCGACUCUGAAGGGGAGAACUUUGUCUCUUUCGACAGGAAGACCAUAGUGACAAGGUCGCGGUCCUACUCGGGGAAGGUUCCGGGGUAUGUUCCUGAGACGGUUCCUGAGGAGACGGGUACAGAGUACCAGAGCCAUGACUACUGCACGGUGGCCUUAGACCAGAACGGACAGCCCCUGAGACGGCCAGAGCAGCCAGAGGUCAACAGACUGAUUCCUUCUCUAAAACCUCGCCGCUUCCUCUUAUACCCACGCUCCUACUCCGCAGAGGGACGUGAACUGUCAUUGGCUGCUCACCUGGACGGUGAUCAAUCCCUGAAGGAAGAGGGUAGGCUGAAGAGGAAAGAUGACACUCUUUCUCUGCCCUGUGUCAUCACUUCCUCUGGGAGUUUCUCUCAGCGCAGCCAUCAGUCGUCCAGUGGUGUUUCCACACCAACCUCUCUAGUGGACAUCCCGCCACCAUUCGAGCUGGCUUACAUCACCAAGAAACCUAUCACAAAGAGCUCCCCAUCCCUUCUCAUCCAGCAUGAGACCACCGGCAAGCCCGAGAAGAAAAAGUCCUCAUUUAAACGCUUCUUGGCCCUAAAGUUCAGAAGAAAGACAGACAAAAAAGGUUUUGGAGACGGGAGCAUUCGUUCUUCACGGUCCUCCUCUGAAUCCAGUCACCAUGGUCCAGCCAGAGUCUAUGACCUGGACCGUAGGAGCACCAACAGUUCCCCCCAGCUCCAGUCCCGCAUGUUGAAACCCCAACAGCGCCCUGACCAGCCCACCACCUUCCUCCUCUACAAAGACCCCCAGAGAAGGAAAGGAGAUCUCAAGGGCUACGGCAGCAGAGGCGUAUCUAGGGUGGAAUCUUUUGAGGACCGCUCGCGACGCCCCCUAAUGCCCCUCCCAUUGACCAAGCCCCGCUCCAUCUCUUUCCCCAGUGCUGACACGUCCGACUACGAGAACAUCCCGGCCUUGAACUCUGACUAUGAAAACAUCCAGAUCCCCCCAGGCAGGCCCACCCGAGCCCUGACUGUGACAGAGUUCUUUGAGGACCCCAACCGGAUGGUGGCUCCCUCCAAUGAGAAUGACGGCUAUGUGGAUAUGAACAGCUUCCCUGGGAUCGACAGCAAAUCCCAGUCGCCUGAGCAGGAGACUGAAAGUGCCUAUACAGAACCCUUCCCAGUGAGUGCUGCUCCAGCAGGGCUGUCAGCUGACGAGGACCACGGACGCACCUCUGAAGAGGAGGAGGGGGGCUUGGAGCAGGGCUAUGACAGACAGAUUGAUGGGCGAUCCCGGGCCUUCUACAUUGCCAAAGAGCUGGUAGACUCUGAGAGACAUCAUGUAAAAGCCCUCAAGCACCUUCAAGAGGACUUCAGGGAAGCCGUGAAGGCUGCAGUGGGGGACUAUGGGGAGCCCGUGAUGGGGGAGCACAGGCUGGGGGAGAUACUGGGCAUGCUCCCUGAGGUGUACACUCUUCACAGCAACAUCCUCAACGAGCUGGAGGCUCGCAUCAAACAAUGGGAGGAGAGUCAGAGGGUUGUUGAUGUCAUCUUGUCGCGUCGAGAGGACUUUGCUGUGUUUUCCAACUACAUAUCUGAGUAUGACCGCAGCAUGUCUCUGCUGGAGGAGAGCUGCAGGCUGUGCCCUGCCUUUGCUGCCAUCACCAAGCAGUACGAGGCGCAGGGCCCUGACGGAGCUGCCCCACUGAAACACCAGCUGCUGCAGGUUAUUGUGAGAGUGCUCCAGUACCGCAUGCUGCUCACAGAUUACCUGAACAACCUCUCUCCAGAUUCAAAAGAAUAUGAAGAUACACAAGCUGCCCUGGUGGUCGUUUCGGAGGUAGCGGACCAGGCCAAUGACAACCUCAAGCAGGGGGAGAACUUGCUGCGGCUGGUCCACAUAGAGUUCAGUGUCAGAGGCAAGCGAGACCUCCUCCAGCCAGACAGGGUGUUUGUCAAGGAGGGCACUCUCAUGAAAGUAUCCAGGAAGAGUCGGCAGCCCAGACACCUGUUCCUGAUGAAUGACAUGAUGCUGUACACCUACCCUCAGCAGGAUGGGAAAUACAGGCUGAAAAACACACUCUCUCUGUCUGGGAUGAAAGUCAGCAAGCCGGUCAUAGACAACGUGCUGAACGGCCUGAGGAUCGAGGUGUCUGACAUCACUAUCACGCUGUCAGCUAGCUCAUGUGGAGAGAGGGAGGACUGGUUCCACACACUGAGCCGGGCCAUAGCGGACCACGCUGCAGGACUCUGCACCUUCGGAGGACCCUGCAGCGAGGCCCGAGAGAAGUUGUGGAUGGCCCUGGGAGAGGCAGCUCCAGUCAUGGUGUCGGUGUCUCACGUGAUGAUGUGUAUGAACUGUACCUCUGACUUCAGCCUGACCCUCCGACGCCACCACUGCAAUGCCUGUGGCAAGGUUGUGUGUCGUGCCUGCUCCAGGAACAGGUACCCUCUGAAGUAUCUCAAAGACAGACUGUCCAAAGUGUGUGACCACUGCUAUGACGAGCUGAGGAAAAGAGGUGUUAGUGUGUCAGGGGCGUGUGGUGACUCCAGCCCUCGCUCCCACAGGGCCAGCCGGCCCCUGUCCGCAGUCUUCCAGACCCUCCAGACCCCCAGCCUGUGGAGGAGCAGGAAUAACAACUCCCCUCUCAGCCAGGUGGUGUUGGGGGCCGAGGGCUCCACCAUGAGCGGCAUCUUGCAGCGCCGAAAGAAGAGCAAGAGGAAAUGGAAGAGAUUGUGGUUCCUCCUCAAAGACAAGGACAAGGUGGCAUCAGAGAGUCUUCCUCUGCAGGGCUUCACAGUGAAGCUGUCAGAGCAACCAGAGGGGGAGCAGAGCAGCAACGUGUUUCACCUCUACCACAAGAAGACCCUCUACUACACCUUCAGAGCAGAGGACGAGCAUGCAGCGCGCAGGUGGGUCAACGCCAUAGAAGAGGCCACAGUUUUAUAGCACCUGCUUUCCCUCCUCAGUCCCACUUCAACACGGCCCCAGCCUUCCCACAGAACAGCGCACUGUCACUCGUAUCUAUCAAGAGGUGACUUCUGUUCAUCUUUCCUGGAUUCAUAAACUCCCACUCUGUGAGAAUGCCUCACUGGAAAAUAGGAUCUGUAGCCAUGCUGCCGCCUAGUGGAGAAGGAUACCCUCUGCAUGGAGUUUGUUGUUAAAUGGAGAGUAAUGCACCCACUCCUGACCAAUCACCAAAAUCGAAGAGGCCACAAAGGAACACGAGCUCGUCGUUUUCUGUUCAGAUCAUAUAAGGCACAAAGCUGCUAGUUAGAAAGAGACUGCAUGCCUCCACUCUUGCUCCUCCAUCCUAAACCCCACUGACAACGUGACGUGUGUUCGUGCCGUUUCUGAGGAACUAUGUCCCAGCACCGGCGUGCACUCAGUGCAGACCAUCAUUUUUCUACUGUUGAAUCUCCAUCUAUAAAUCGCCUUCAUUUUGAAUAUGAGACAACUGUCCGUUAAUCUUGCUAUGGAUUUUAUGUACUUUUUUAAUGCAAAAAUUAAGAAAGAAAUGAUGUUUCAAAUCAGUAUUUACAAGUUGUGACAGUAUUUACAAGAGAAAGAAUAGUUUGUUGCCAUUUUAGCAUAUGUUAUGACAUAUUAUAUGUUGAGUAUAUAUAUUGUGUAGGCCUCAUAUUCAAUAUGUUGAAGUGAGGUAUAUGAGAUUGUUGUACAGAAAUGUUCUUAUAUGUUCUAUGUUUCCAGCGAGACCAUUUUGCUGCAUUCUUAAUGAUAACGAUUUAUCACAGUAAAUCAUCUACCCCCAUGCAAAAACAAUGACAGUAAGAUCCUGAACAACUGUUUCUCUAAAGUUUUAAUCGUUUUUAAAGUUUCAUUUCAUCUAUAUUUUAAAGCAUUGUUUGAUUUCACCCCAAAAUAUUUACUUUAAGUGUGUAAUUAUUCAGGUGGAUUUGGAACCAUUAAUGAAUGACAAAUCCAUGUUCUUUAAACAAGCACUUAAGGAAUGGUUCCAUUUUAUAACCAUUACAAUUUUACAAUUUCUGCUGUCAAAAUACAGUAUGCAUGACAAUGCAUGUCAUUAUUGAAUAGACUCAGAUUUCAUGUGGCAUCCUUGUGAAAUAAGCUAUGAUGUCAUAUACAGUACAACUACCAAAAUCAGGUUUUGCAUCAAUCAAGGGAAAUUCCCAGCAGUAUUAGUGACAGUGUGCCUUCCUUUAAACGUUUACCCUUCACACUUGAAGACGUCAAAACAAAAGGCCAUCCAACCUGCUAGGCCACAUUUGAACUCUGGCCGAAAUGUAGGUAGUCCUUACUUAGACACUAUCACAUGCUGUAAAUCAUCACAUUGUACUGUUCAUACUGCCUUACGCUAAUCCGGUUUGCUUUUAUUAGUGUGUUUAUGAGUUAUACCUACAGUGUAAUGGAUUGUACCUCUUAAUGGCCUUGCAUAUUGUGCAUUGUAAAUGUUGAUGUAAAUACAUACUGAAAAUAAACUUAUCUAAACA